AUGAUGAAUGAGUCUUGGAGAUCUGCAUUUGCUGUGCAAAGUGCAGUGGAUGAGAAACCGGUUUCCAUAGAAGAAGGCCAGGAUUAUGGUCUGAUUGCGCCGUUGUCUGGAGCAGAUGUCGGUGAUGCCAUGCGGAGUGCCGAAGAUGCGGCCCCAGGGCCAGGUAUCGAAGAGGAACACUGUGAAGCGGAAAACCGAAAGCGUCGGGAGAUUGAUGUUGAUUGGCAACGGCUUGGUAGCCAAAUGCUUUGGGUGGGACAUCCUCGGAGGUUCUGGACGACAAGUGAAGAAGGAUCUUCUUUGAAAGGAUUAAAAAUGGGGUUCUCACUAUCCCCAGAAACCUACUUACACAUUCCCUGA